UAGUCUGCCUGUGCCUGGAGUCCAUCACAGUGUCUACUACAGCUCUUUCCUCACCCUUUCAAUGCUAACUGCUCCUGUGUCUUUCCUUCCAGCUCUGCAGCAGUGUCUCAUGUCCUACUCAAACCACUCGAGUCCCUUGUCCUUCAUCCUCACAGGCAUCCCCGGGCUGGAGGAUGCUCAGUUCUGGAUUGCCUUCCCAUUCUGCACCAUGUACUUCAUGGCAGUGCUGGGGAACAUCACAGUCCUCUUGGCCAUUUGGAUGGACCCAAGCCUGCACCUGCCCAUGUUUUACUUCCUCUCCAUGCUGGCUGCCAUUGACCUUGUGCUCAUCACUUCCACCAUGCCCAAGCUGCUCAGCAUCUUCUGGUUCCACUCCCACGAGAUUGACUUUGAGGGCUGUGUGGCCCAGAUGUUCUUCAUCCACAGCUUCUCCAUAGCAGAGUCAGGGGUCCUGCUCACCAUGGCCUUUGACCGAUACUUGGCCAUCUGCAAGCCCCUGCACUACUCUGCCAUCCUGACUGGCCCCACCACUGCCAAGCUGGGUUUGGCUGCUGUGGGCCGUGGCACUGCCAUCAUCAUCCCUUUGUCAUCCAUGGUGGCCAGCCUGUCCUACUGCGGCUCACACGUCAUUGACCACUCCUACUGUGAGCACAUGUCCAUGGUGAAGCUGGCCUGUGGGGACACGCGGCCCAACUGCAUCUAUGGCAUCACGGUUGCCACCAUCGUGGUGGGUUCAGACUCCAUCCUCAUAGCUGUCUCCUACAGGCUGAUCCUGAGGGAGGUCCUAGGCCUCUCCUCCAGGGAGGCUCGUCUGAAGUCCUUCUGUACUUGUGGCUCCCACAUUGCUGUCAUCCUGCUCUUCUACAUACCUGGGCUCUUCUCUUUCUACACUGACCGCUGGGGCCAGAGCAUCCCUGCUCACCUCCGGAUCCUGGUGGCUGAUCUCUACCUGCUGGUGCCUCCCAUGCUCAACCCGCUCAUCUACGGGAUGAGGACCAAGCAGAUCCGAGAGCUGGUGCUCAGCCUGCUCCGCCAGAAAGGGAUCCCAUCCAGGUCCUGACCCCAGUCCAUUGCUAAUGCCAGGUGGGAUGGAAAGGGGUUGGGACCAGGGAACAGCAGCAGCAUGUUUGGAAAGCAAAGAAAAAGCUUUAAAACCUCUCUACUGGAACAGCUGGAUGAUCCCUCCAUCAUCUUCACACUAUGUUUGGGAUGCGAAGGGACCUCAAAAGAUCAUCUAGUCCAAGCCCCCCAAUCUUGGCCAAACCCUGAAAGAUGGGAGCACCAUGGAAACUUUGACUGGUGAAACAUUCUUUUCAUAGAAUGAAUUCUACAUUCCUCUUCAUAAUGCAGAGAUAAACCGCAUCUAACUGUAUCUGUACCUGUCCUCCUCACACCUCAUGGCUUUCCUCUUCAUCUUUGCUCUCCAUAUAAGACCCUUACC